ACACGCCUUCGAACUACCAUGACCAUCGCGAAGUCAUCUUUGCUCAUCGCGGGCUUGAAUGUCAAUGUGUACUCACUGGAAGACAGUGAUGCGCAGAGUUCACGUCCUGUUGCCGUUUUGUUCUUGAUGCAUGGGCGUACAAGCUCUACUGCGGAUGUUGAAUGGGCUGCCGAGCAAGUGCUCAACGAGACUAGCAAGAAAUAUGAAAACGAUUCCACACUCCACCAUGAUCUGCUCGUUGUGACUUUCGAUCAUCGGAACCAUGGUUCUCGUUUAGUGGACGUGAAAGCAAACAUUGGAUGGCAUGAAUUUGGCAACCACAACGAACGUCAUGCCGUUGAUAUGUACAGCAUCCAGGUGGGAACGUCUAGGGACAUAUCAACCAUCAUCGACUUCCUGCCUUCCUUCCUGUACCCCAACGACGAGAGAUCGAUCGUGCAUUGGAUCGCUUCUGGCGUCAGCUUGGGCGGACAUUCGACAUGGAUUGCCCUACGCACAGAACCUCGCGUACGCGUAGGCAUUCCUAUCAUUGGCGGGGCGGACUACGCGUCGUUGCUUUCUGAACGAGCCAAGAAGGCAGGCCUUUCGCUUGAGCCUCCGCACUUCCCCAACUCCCUACGCCCAGUCAUCGAGGCGAACGACCCAGUGCGUGCAUCAUACGAGGCGUCAGACUCGUCAAAUCCUUUUCUUGGAAAGAAGGUGUUAGCCCUUUGUGGAGGAGACGAUACUUUAGUCCCUUGGUCCGCAACCGAGCCUUUCUUCCGGAAGCUUAACGUCGGGCCUGACGGCUUGAAGAAGGUUGUCGUUGCACCCGGUGUGGGCCACAGAUGCACGCCCGACAUGAUUCACCAGAUGACGGACUUCAUAUGGGAACAGGUGUUGACGAGCACAGUCACCAGUUCAAAUCUUUAGAUUGUCCAUUGCCGGCUACGCAGGGCAUGCAUUUGUAUAGAACAGAGGUUUGGUGUCGAACGAGUGCUGUUCGGUUUCACUGCCAGGUUAUCCUAGCAUUCAAUGAAGCAAGUUGCAAUGGUGAGAGGAGAGUGCAUUAACAUUGUCAUGUACUUCACACAAAUGUGGCAUCCGUCGUAACAUAAGUGAGAAAUACAUACAAAACAAAAAC